AUGGUGACCCGGCGCAUGCCCCUGUACCCACCUCAACACCCACCUCCACACCCACCUCCACACCCACCCCAACACUCACCUCCACACCCAUCCCAAUAUCCACCUCCACACCCACCUCAACACCGACCUCAACACCCACCCCAACACACAUCCCAACCCCAACCCCAGCACCCACCCCAACACCCAUCCCGGCACCCACCGCGACAAAGAGCUCGAGGAAACAGGGUGGGCCCCAGCACCGCAUGGCUGAGGAGUGGAAAGUCUCGGAGCGGUUGCAGCAAGACCGCCAUCAUAGUCACCGUUGUCGUGGUCAUCCUCGUGAUCGUCGUAGCUCUGGCUGCAGCCCUGGGCGUCCUGUUUGCUAACAAAGCGGAUCCUCCCGUCGAGACGCACCUGUACCGGGGCUCCCUCCGUAUCACCAGCCGAUUCUACACUCCCGACCUGGCUAACUCCGGCUCCACCGGCUUCAGAGAUCUCGCCACGGAGGUGGAGGGCGCGCUGGACGCAAAGUACCAGGCAAGUGACCUGGCCGAUACCUACAACAGCAGCACGGUUACGGGCUUUUCCUCGGGCAGCGUAAUGGUUGACUACGUCAGCCGGUUCAUGUCCACCACAGCACCGAGCGAGUCUAGUGUGGGGGACGUCGUCCAAGGCGAGACUACUUUUGGGAACCUGCUGGUAGAUUCAGCAUCUACAGUGAGUUCAGCGAUGGAGGACUGCAGCUCUAACCAGCACCAGUGCGUCUUCGACGGCAGUUGUAUCGACAGAGAUCUAGUUUGCAAUGAGAUGGCAGACUGUCCCCUCUGGUUAGGCCAAGCUGACGACGAACUCAACUGCGGUUGCUUCUCGUGGCAGUACGAGUGUGACGAUGGAACCUGUAUCUUUGCUGAGUGGCAAUGUGACGGAACGCACGACUGUAGCAGUGGCUCGGACGAGUUCGGCUGUGACUUGACUUGUGCCCAGGAUGAGUACGCGUGUUCAGACGGUACCUGCAUCUUCGGGUUCUGGGAGUGUGACGGUUAUGACGACUGCGCAGACGGCAUGGACGAGAGUAACUGUGGCAGCUUGAAUAUCCAGACGUGCACAGAGCAGGGCCUGUGGCAGUGCAACGAUGGGAGGUGCAUCUCACCAACGUGGCUGUGUGACGGAGACAACGACUGCACUAACGCAGAGGACGAGACCAUUGAUAAUUGUGAUCGCCAAUGCGACGGUGCCCAGUUCACAUGUUCCGACGGGAGCUGUAUACCGACGUCGUGGGUCUGUGACGCUUUUAACGACUGUUCUGGGGGAGAGGACGAGAGCAACUGCGGAGGAGAAGCAUGUUCGGCAUCGCAGUACCAGUGUACCAGCGGCUCGUGCAUCUCGUCUGACUGGGUCUGUGAUAAUGAGAAUGACUGCCUGGAUGGAGACGACGAAACAAACGGUUGUGGUGGGAACCCAGGUGACCCAGGGACUGGGGGACAUGACCCGAACCCACGUGGAUACGAAGUCUCCCUUGGCUUGCACAUCAGGGGAGAAACCACCUCCCGGGUGCAGGUGUUCAACGUGGAGAGGAUCAUCUAUCAUGGGAGGUAUGACAGGUACAGGUACGACUUUGACAUCGCGUUGAUGCAGCUAGCCGGGACGGUACAGUAUGAUCAGGCAGGGUAUGUCCGGCCCAUCUGCCUGCCUGACGACGACAACGUGUUCGAUUCAAACUCCAACUGUUACAUCUCUGGCUGGGGCAGACUGUACGACGGUGGAUCGGCCGCUGACACCCUGCAGAACGCACGGGUCCCAUUGGUCGACAGGUCUGUGUGUAAUGACGCACAACACUACAACGGAAGGAUCACGACCAGGAUGCUUUGCGCGGGGUAUGACGCAGGAGGGGUGAACGUCUGCUCGGGUGAUUCUGGAGGACCACUCGCAUGUCAGGACACGGACAACAGGUGGUACCUUGUGGGGGCGACCAGUUGGGGUGCAGCUGGGUGCGCCGUGCCGUACAGGCCUGGGGUCUUUGCUGACGUCAAACACUUCAGAGACUGGAUCUUUAGCGUUAUCAUGCACUAUGAAAAUAAUGGCUGAGAAUUUUCGUUCUCAGGCCAGAUGUUGAUUUUUUUGUGUGGAUUUUACGGUAAAUUGAUGUACAGUUUGUGUGUAAAAAGUUAAUAUAUUCUAUUCUGUAAAAUUGAUGUAGUUUGUGUGUAAAAAAAGAAGGACGGAAUACUUCGGUGAUUAAUGACCAUGGUAAAUAAAUCCUAAUUGAUAUCAGUCCUGCAGCCAGAUUUUGCUAUAGACAUCAAAAGAACAAUUAUUGUGUCUGUUUCUAUGCCAUAUGCUUUUGUAAAAUAUUUCUAAAGGAUUUGAAUUUAUUUGAUGAGUUUUCAUAAGAUGCUAAAUCCGUUGCCGUGUUAUCUAUGUUGAAUUGAAUGUGUAAGGUUACAACAGAAUAAUCUAGGUUGUAUCAUUUGACAAAUGCUGCUAUUAUGAUGUUUAAUCACAACCAAAAUAACAGUGUGUUGGUUUUGACAGCCCCUCCCUCUAAAUAUAUAUCAUAUAUAUUCAUUCUAUUAUUGCCAUUUGUGCAUAUUGUGCAUAUGAGCAGUUUUUUUAGUGAUGUGUCGGUUACCAAGUGAUUAGGCAUUGGUGUAUGUAUUAAGUGUCUUUAAGAAAAUUAUGGAAAGUUAUGUCUGACCAAAAGAAAAAUUUCUAUACGAAAUAGUAAAAAAUAAAUAAAAGAAUGAUUCGGUAACUAAUAUGGCUAUCACUGUGUGAUAGA